AUGACCAUAUUCAUGGAAGGAAAUUCACUAGUUGAGGUUCAAACGGAAUCAUUCUUUUAUACACCUAAAAUUGAACAUAUACGCUCAACACGUUUAUACUUGUGUUGUAUGGUACCAGCAUCUAUCCAGACUUGUUAUCCAUUGCGGAAAUACGAUGGCCUAUCGACAUGUGAUGGAUUAUUAUCUCAUGUAACACUGCAAAUGUAUAUUUGGUUAGUUGGUUGUAUCGCUUUUAUUGGUAACAUUGCCGUCUUUACUUUACAUAUUAAAAGUAUAAAAACAAAGAAGAAUCCUGUUCCAAUAUUUCUAAUCGCAAAUUUAGCUAUUUCUGACUUUAUUGUUGCUAACUAUUUGUUAAUUAUUGCUAUUGGUGAUCGUUUCUAUAGUCAUUAUAAUUUCGCUGUCGAAUCUGAACACUGGCUACGUAGUAUACCAUGUUUACUUGCUUGUUUUAUAUGUUGUGCAGCAAGCCUGAUGUCGGUCUUUAUGAUGCUAAUUAUUAGUAUCGAUCGAUAUGUUUGCAUCGUUUAUCCUUUCUCUGAACGAAAAUUAACAGUUAAAUCGGCGUUCUUAUUGGUUGCAUGUUGUUGGCUAUUUUCAAUUAUCUUUGUUGGUAUUCCAGUUAUGUAUAGCGUUGGCGCUGAUGGAGAUAAUCGAUUACAUGGAUACAGUAGUAUAUGUAUGGCUAGUAAUGUUUCUAAUCCAUACUUUAAAUGGUGGAUUACAGCAUUUACACUUAUUACAAUUAUCUGUUGGAUUAUUACAUGUAUUCUAUACGGUAAAAUGCUAAGUUCUAUUCGUCAAUCAAGUCGUAAUGUACGCAAAAGUAAAAGUAUCAGUAAAGAUAAGCGUAUAGCCAUACGUCUAUUCUUAAUAUUAGUCACCGAUUUAAUCAGUUGGAUUCCUUAUUACAUUGUAUUUAUGCAUGUUUUAUCUACAUCGCAUUCGGUUGAUAUGAUAGCUUUGCAAUUUACCAUUAUAUUUGCUUUACCAAUCAAUUCUGCGGUGAAUCCAUGCUUGUAUGUUAUACACUUUCGAGUCAAUCCCUUAUCAAUAAGAUUAAUAGAAUUGGUGGUGCUUUUCGAGGGGCAUAGUAGUUGA